AUGGCGUCCUUGCCCGCCGAACCCCAAGCCCCCAACUCGCGGCCAUAUCGAUCGAAGCGGGCAAGGCCAUGUGAUCUCUGCCGCUCGCGCAAGGUCUGCUGUCGCAUACAGACCGUGCCGCCUUGCAUGUUAUGCGAAAAGGUGGGCGUGGAAUGCACCUUCAUCGAGCGGCCAUCAAAGCGCCAGAAGCUGUGGGACUCCAGGACUCCAGGGAACCUCAACACCGCAACACCGGGAGCCGCGGCUUACGCCAAUGCAGACUUCUCGCGGGGCCAAGCAUCUCAGACCGAGAGCAAUGUAAUGGAAGCUCAGGAACUGUCGGCCGGCAUAUCUCAUGAUGUUCCUACACAGGCACUUGAUAUGUCGAAUCAUGGCCCAGGCGACGCCGUUGACUCUUCACUCUUCCCAGUACUUGACGAGCACGGCUUAGAUAUCAACCAACUAGACAGUGACUAUUCUCCAAACGGCGGCGACGCGCAGGGCGAUUUUUCAAAUUUACUUUCAGAGGCCGAUAGAGCCUAUUUCUGGGAUUCCCUCGGCGGUAAUUUCCUGAAUCUGAUGCCUAAUGGUGUCCAUGAUACGAUGGAACCCGGAGAGGACGGCGAGGCAGAAAAUACGACCUUCACUGAGGCAGGCCAGCAAUCGAAGUCGUAUCCUGCUUAUUUCCCGAGAGUCAUUGAGAGGAACGUCACUCCUGUCGUCAACUCUCUUGACGACAGAUCUGGAACGAAUGCCCAGUAUUUUGGGCUUUCCGGAGAGUCAGAUCCAUACUUAUUGAGACACUACCGUUAUGAUGCUCAAGGAGAGUUUCGGUUCUUCAAGCUCACCUUCCGGAAAGCUGCAGAUGAUAUAGAGACGGACUCUGAACGGGUUCCGCAACAGCCGCACCCCACUGAAGCAGGCCUAGCAGGUGCAAUCCCUAAUGACGAGCAGCAGGAGCAGCAGCUUCCUAAUUACACACCAAACCAGAUCCCGGUGCACUUCAAGAUCUCAGCCGAUGAGCUCGCGGCUGACAUCAAGGAGGAAACCGUUGUUCGGCCGGGAGUUUCGUCAGAAACGGUGAGGAAAGAACUUUAUGAAUUAGUAAAGGUCGAGGACGGAGUUAGAUUAAUAGGCUUGUUCCUGAAAUACGUAUUCCCAUCAUUUCCGGCCAUCUCACGCUCACAGCUUGGGAUCACGCCGGCCAAACCGAUCCCCUCUGUCAGCAGCCUGGAGAAGGUUCCCACCCACCUUCUGGCUGCUGUAUAUGCAUCUUCAUUGAUCUUCUGUCCUUAUGAUGACCGGCUGUGCGUUUCAAACGUCUACACCCGGCCAUCUGCAGCCAAGAUCUGGCGAAUAGCGUACGAAGAGAUCCUGCGCGAGAUUCACACCCCGCACCUAUCAGUUGUGCAAGCCGCACUGCUGUAUCUACACAAACCACCGACUGGAGCAGCCAGUGCAGCUUCAGAUACGCCCUUUCAUUGGUCGUUCAUGGGGAUCAUCAUGGGGCUGUCUUCGAGUCUCGCUCUGCAUCUCGACUGCCAUGAUUGGAUGAUCCCGGCUUGGGAGAAGAGGUUGAGGCGGAGGCUCUGGUGGAUGAUAUACGUCGAGGAAAAGUGGCGCAGUUUACUCGGAGGCUUUCCGACCCUGAUUAAUAGUGAUCAAUGGGACGUCUCAGAGUUGACAGAACACGAUUUCCUCAUCGAUGAAGGCAUAGGGACGGGCGUGCCAGACACCAACCAAGGCAGCGGAAACGAAGAUUUAGAACUUGGUGUCCGAUUUCGCCACCUUGCGAAAUUAUCACUGAUCGUCGAGGAUGUCCAUCGAUCAUUCUACACACUCCGCGCAGCCCGCCUCCUAUCCCGAGACUUCCACCUCUCCAUAACCACCGCGCAACCGCUCCGGCACCGUUUAAAAGCCUGGUACUCGAUGCUCCCGGCCUCGCUCCAGAUCCGCAACCGCUCGAUCCCCGAGGAUCUCAGCUGCGCGACCAUGGAUUCCAAUUCCGCCCUCCACCUCGCCUACCUGUCUCUCGAGAUCCUUCUCUACCGCGCCCUCCUCCGGCCCCUGGGCCGCCGCCGCGCUCAAGUACCACCCGUCUCCAAAACCAACCCGACAGAUCGCGCACCCGGCCAAAACGCGCUCAACAACAACAACGCCUCCCCGCCAGCUUUCCACCACGAAGCAGAUGCGCCUAUCGAAGGCGUCCCGUUCGGCGAGAUGCACGAGGCGGCCGAAGCCGUCAUCCUAGCUGCUGAGAACUGCGCUAAGAUCGUGACCAGUUUCGCGGCUAGUCUCGACUCUCGCGAUUUCGCCGGCUUUUGGUAUUCCUGGUCCCGUGUAGGAUUCGCCACCAUGUCCAACUUCGCCAUGCUCCUCCUGGUCCAAGCGCCCACGGCCCAGCACGCCCAAGAUUCCAAAGCCAUCCUGGAUACCUGGCGCCGCACGCUACGGAUCCAGAGCAAGAGCUUUGAGCAGAUGAAUUUAGGAUUGCUGAGGCUGGAUGCCGUGCAUUGGAGUGGUGCUGAGCAGUUGUUUGUUGUGGAUCGUCAUGUUUUGGAUGUUUUGUGA